AUGGGCUCUCUGACUCAGCCGACGUCUUUCGACGUCCACAAAAUCGCAAUCAUCGGGGCCGGUCCUACUGGACUUGCGGCAGCGAAAUAUCUCAUUGCGCAGGGUUUUGAAGACAUUGCUAUCUUCGAGCAGCAAGACCAUGUUGGCGGCAUUUGGCGAUACUAUGGGUUAGCCCCAGGAACUUGUCCUGUGCCUCAAGAAGAUCCUCAUUGCCCUCCUGAAAACCCCAUAAGAUGGAAUUCGACAUCAGCUCCGAUUUUCACUUCGCCGAUGUACGAGAAUCUACACGCCAAUAUCCCAAAAGAAGUCAUGAGAUUUUCCGACCAAGCCUUUCCCGAGGACUCGAAGCUCUUCCCCGAGAGGCCUAUGAUCGAGGACUAUCUGGUCAACUAUGCAGAUGAUGUCAAACCCCUAAUUCGUUUUUGCCAACGUGUCGAGCGGGUGACUAUGACAGUGCGAGAUGGUCGGGACAGAUGGGAAGUUGAAACACAAUCGACUAUCAAUAGUGGCGAGAUAACCACGGAUACCUUUGAUGCCUUGGUCGUUGCGAACGGUCACUACUCUAUACCAUAUCUGCCUAAUAUGAAGAACUUGAAAGAGUUUAACGAGGCGUACCCCGGAGUAAUUACGCACUCUAAACAGUAUCGCACUCCCUACCCAUUUAGAGACAGCAAGGUAGUUGUGAUUGGUAAUGGCCCGUCUGGGCUCGACAUUGCUUUGCAGAUCAAUCAGGAGUGUAGAAAGCCUGCGAUCUUGUCAGUGCGACAUCCUACACCCCCAGAUCGACUAGCUCACUCUGGAUGUACGGAAACAGCAGAGGUUGAGGAGUUCUUGGUUGAGGAGAAGGGAAUCCGUUUCAAGGAUGGCCGAGUUGAGACGGAUAUUGACGCCAUCAUCUUCUGCACCGGCUUCCUCUUUAGCUUCCCAUUUCUUGGGGAUCUAGGCCACCAGCUCAUUACCACAGGCCGAGGUGUGCAUGGAUUGUACCAACAUGUUUUCAAUAUUCAGCAUCCAACCCUCGUUUUCCCGGGUCUCAACAUGAAAGCAGCCCCUUGGCCGUUGAGUGAGAGCCAAGCAGCUCUGUUUUCAGCUGUGUGGUCUAAUAACAUUGAGCUCCCUUCUCGGGAAGCCAUGGAAGCUUGGAGUCAGGCAUUGCAGAAGCAGGAAGGCGACGCUUUACAUGUGUUUGGUCCCAACGGAGAUGGCUACUACAUCAACAAAUUGCACGAUUGGAUUAUGGAGGCCAAGCGGCCAGGAAAAGAGCCGCCCUACUGGAAUGAUGAGCUCAUGUGGCAGCGCAGCAUGUUCCUCAAAGCCAAGGCCAGAUUCGAACAACUAGGCUGCAAGGCUCAGACCUUUGAGGAAAUUGGAUUUCACUAUGAGCCUGGAGCUCAACCUGAUGUGGAGAAAGGGGAGAAGAGCUCUGAUUAA